CCGCGAUGCGAUAAUGUCGUUGCCGUUCAAUGGAUUGGGGUCCUCUAAUUAUCAUGCACCCACCGAUACCGUCUCGCCUUUGGAACCAGUCAAACUGGACGAACGAAAAGAAGUGCAUGUUGGAAGUUUAGGGCUCGGUACAGCCCUUGCCGUAGCUUAUGAUCUAUACAGUGAUUCCAAUCAAAUGGCUUCUCAUCACAUCUACUCUCCCCAACUCGGUGGAUUCAUCUCACUCUCAGCUGUGAAAUCCUCGGGCGCCCAAGUCCCUCAGCACCUAGCAUCCUACGUGCGCACUGCAACUGGUAGUGCUGAGCCACAAUACGCUAUGUAUCCCACACAAAAUAACUACCAUUCGUCUUAUCCUCCGAAUACGUUAUGGGCAGCACAUCAAGCAGAUAGCUAUCUUACUCCCAUUGUAGUAUCCUCUUCGACAACUGCCUCUACCCCCAGCUGUCCCACCAGACCGUUUGCAGUGGUUAGUGACAAUGGCAAGUUUCGGCUCACUGCCACUCCCUUACACAAACAACCAGAUGGUUCAAACAUAGUAUAUGUAGACUCCAAUGCACCCUCUUCCGUCUCAACCGCUUCCAUUGUCGUGGACGGUGGUGCCAUUACCACGUCAUCCGCCACCCUACCAUUUGAUCCUACCCAAGUUGCCUCCUCCACAUCCACCCAUGUGCCUACUGUUCCCACACCUUCCACGUGUUCAGCAUUUCCGUGCAUGGUUUCAGUGCCAAACCAUCAGGAUGGAUUUACCUCGCAAUAUCAUCAUCCUUCCAAUAACACAGCGAUAGCGACCAAUUCCGUGGAACAGGUCGCAGCACCUACCAAGUCCGGCGGGGAAUCGAAUUCCAUUUCUGCAGACGACAGUCUAUACGAGAUCAGUGAAGAAGAAAUGCGUGAGAUUGAUGCCUCUUUAGCCAAUAACCCAGAUGUGAUGGCCAGUCGACAGUGGAAGUACUACACAGAAACUAAUGAAUGGACCAGGGCUACCUGCGCUCUGAUGGCAUGCCUCUUCACUCGGGAUCAAAUGGCAAACUCAACGGUCCUUGGUCGAGGUGGUUCGCAGCGCGCUCGACUUCCAAGCAAUUUGGUUGCUUACGUGGUCGGCACCAUUCGAAAACGAUUCAAUAAACCAGCUGCAGCAGUCCGUGCCCGAAUGGCGCAGAAAUGUAAGGACGAACGCCGUUUUGGUCGUCUCACGGUGACCGGCUCCGGGACAGUCUAUUCUGUCGACGGUCAGGAUCAUAACGGGGGCUCCGGUCUGGUAGCUGCUGUAACGGGUAAAUCUGCCAUUGUGGGGACUGGUGGUGGGAGUUCACGGAAAGCACGCAAACGUUCCGCGGCCAAUCUGAAUUCAUCCCCGUCUGUACGCCUAACCAAAUCAUCGAAUUGCAGCACUCCACCAUCCGAGUUCGCUUCAACUCCAGGCUAUCAGCCAACAGCCUACAACGAUGACGCGUGUUCAUCAACGACCGAUUCCAAUCAACUACCUCCCCUUGCCUUAUCUCCGUCAAUGGAUCCAGACCAUGAACUGUAUAUCCGGUCAUCUGACGACUGUCUUCAUCUGCCUACUGUUUCCAUUCCACAAUCAUCUGGGCAUACCUUGUCCAUGAUGUUAAUGGUUCCUGGCAUGGAUACCAUUCAACCCUCAUCAACAGGUGACACGACCAUCUUGUCCGCCAACCAUUUACCACCACCGGAACUUGCAAGUUGAGUGUGCCCCUAUUUCUGCAUCCACCUCGUAUCUCUGUCCCCCGCCCACCCACCCACUCUAGCCAUCUUGCGUCGAAGAACCACAUCGAACGCGGGAUUCUCACGCACACACACACACACACUUCAUCCACCUGGUUUUCCUUCUCUUUUAGGCCCGGACUUUACUGUCUUCUCUAUCUUUUAUUCACCAAAUAACUUGAAAUCACUCCAAAUCCCGUUUCUUCUCAUACCAUACAUUGUCGCUUCACAACUCCAAUACAUCUGUGCAGGGCUAUGCUAGCAAUGCUGCUGUAUUUUCCGUCGUGUUUUGAACACAUGUUUUACACCGGUUAUCGCAAUACUACUCCCGGUUGCCAACUCAUCCACUUUGAAACGUCGUACGUUCCCACCCGUGUCAUCCAGUCUUCCUCUAUCACCUCCCGUUUUACGAUCUUCCUCAUCGCCGCCUCCCAAUGUUCACUCGAUGCGUCUUAGCUGUUUUUUUCGUGCUCUUCCUGCGAUUCCACUAAUGCACACCGAAUACUACUUCCGCGCGCGCUCGCGCGCCCUCCAAGCACUUGAUCAAACCUAACUGCGGUCUCGUUUCCCCUUAUGCAACUUUUUGCAGGUUUCAUGCGCAUGACCUGACCUCAAUGAACAUGUGUCUACCUUCUAGUAUCUCGGCACCAAAUUUUACCUUUGUGGAGUGUGUGCUUUUUACUGCCAGCGAUCAGCUCCGCUAUUCCAUCUCCUCAUGCGCAUCCCGUAUUUUCUACGUAUAUAAAUAUACACAUAAUUUUUACCUCGAUUGAUUUGCGCAGCCGUGUCGCCGUUUCCGUUGGCGGCUCUGCUGGUGUUGUGCAUCUCUUCUUCCGGUCCGAGUACGUGCACGCAGGUGACUUUUCUCUACCUUGCUGUUUUUGCACCGUUGCAUGGAUUUGAUUCAAUCAGUAUUUGUGCUGGUUUCUCUACUCCCAUAUGACAUUCCGCUGACCAAAUCGCAUGCGUGUGCACCAACCAUCCUCCCUUGCUUCCUCAAACCAGCUCAUUUGGGUGUGUUAAGGAGAGAGGGUGUGGGCACUCGCACCGUUCUUAGUAUGCGUUCCUUUCUGUUCUUGAUACGACCGAUAUUUCCAAAUGUGUGCGACGUCUCUUUUAUCUACUGUGUUCGUUUUCUUUUACUUAACUGCUUUUCUUAAUAUCUUUUGAUACCAUGUGGUCUUUGUAUGUCGGCAACCACAGAACAAUAUAAUUUGUCAUUUUCUACCACCAAAC